CUCUCUCCAAAGCUUCCUGGUGGGUGGUGCUUUGUUAGUUAAUGCUCCUCUUAUCUUCCUCUCUAAAUUCCCAUUCCAGUCCUCCACCUUUCCCAUACUUUCUCCCCACUUUCUCGGGAAAAUCUCUACAUCCGCUCUCUUUCAACCAUGCACCGAAUAUCGAGCGCAACCCGCGUCUCCGAUGAGUUUUUCAACUCAACAACUUCACCAUCAGCAACCCCAGAUGCAGACCAGUUACCCACUUACGAUCCUCUCUCACAUGUGGCCAAGAAAGAGAGAACCCGUAUUAGAUCUGCCGAAAACGCCAUCCACGCAAUACCCGUUGUGCUCCUUCUCUGCGCCAUGACUCUCUGGUUCUUCUCUAAUCCAGCAGUUGAUAUUGUCAAUAAGGGUGCUUCAAUUGUUCCCAGACAGAAGGGUUUGACGGUGAAUGGCAACAUCAAGAGUGACCUUACACAGAACGGAUUGCUAAAAGAUUUGGAGCAGGAGGACUCAGAUCCUACAAAAGAGUUACUGCAUCAGAAAGGCCCAAAAUCCACUGAGAAUGAAUCGUAGUAAGAUUUUUCUUUAAUGUCAAGUGCUCUGGUGCGUGGUCACCAUGUUGUUUUAGAAAAAGGAUUUACUCCAUCUUUCAUUCCAUUACUUCCGUCAUGAUUCGUAAGCCACAAGCUCUGUAACAUGAACAUGAACAUUCUGAGAGAAAAUCUCGGGUUUUUCUUAAUUUAUGUUGUAGCACUUCAAGUUGUAUAGUUUCUUUCAUAAUCAGUUUUUUCUCGACUGUUAAAGAACGGCCAAGUUGAGUAUAUGGCAUGACAGACUCUCCUUGUAUGUGUUCCCUUUCCCUGAAAUCUGGUUUACUCUGUUUGCUA